AUGGCUUUCAGCGAGGGAAAUGUCUGGCGAGACACGUUUAACGUAGUAGAAGGUUUAAUUGAUAGGAAUAGUUGUAGUGCGCGCGAAUUCAUCAAAAAGAAAGUGUUGGGGGAAGAUUCAGAAUUGUUAAAUGCCUUUAGUCAAUAUACGCUUGAGUUUAUAGCCGUUCAUGUACUAAGUUUCUUAUUUAGUCCGCUCGACGAGCGUGCGCGUGUUCGCGCAUCCACCUUGAUUGAACACCUAGAGUCAACAAUACGGAGGCAGGCAUUCCUCCUAAGAAGAAAUGUUGGAGGAAAAAAAGGGGGGGAUGCAGUUGAUCAAAGAAAUAAAGAUCGUACGUUCCCUCUCGGAACCGCCCUACUCCAAUUCAUGGUUAGUAGAGAUGUGAUUAGUUUAGAGACAGAUCAGGAAGAUCUUCCACCACGUAGAAAAAAGAAGAAAAAGGGUGAUAAAGAGUGGUAUGUACAUAAAAAAACAUAUGUGCAAUGCAAAUUCGAUCCAGCCAAGCUCCCAAUGAAGCUGAACUUGCCUAUGGUGUGCAAACCUCUUUCAUGGAGGGGCAUCGGCCGUCAAGGAAAAGACCUGUCCGAUCUAGAAGGGGGUUACUUAAGCGGGCGUUAUAGUGGUACCAGCUACAGCCUUCUUACGGGUGACAUACAUCAUUUGUUGAUUCAAAUCAAAGAUAGUGAGAGUCUGUGCAGAGUAAUGAACACGCUUCAAAAUCAGGCAUUUGAAAUCAACAGCGAUGUCUUGGCAUGUAUUGAAAAAAGAGAGGCAGACUUUAUUGAUAACGGGCAUCUCCUACCGGGUUAUCUUUCUCAUAUGAAUAUAGCAAAUCUAUAUAAAGAGGUUAGGGAUUGUCAUCUCGUUGAUACAGAUACUUUCCAAAAAAUAGGGGGUAUUAGCGAAUUGAUAAAUCAGUUAACAAAACAGGUACAGCGCGCCCGUUAUGAGCGGUGUAUGCUCAAGCUUGCAAAGGCCUACAAGGGUUAUAAAAUAGAUUUGCCUGCCUUUCUCGACUUCAGGGGGAGAAUCUACCGCUGCGGGCUCCUGCAUUUCCACGAGCGUGAUCUCUCAAGAAGUCUUAUUAACUUUGCGUUUAGCAAUCCUGAAAUGCCCGCAGACUCGGACGAGGUUAUGGAGGCCCUUUUAUACCACUAUAAGUCUUACCCCAGCCUGGAGGAAGCUGGAAUAUCCUUCAACGAAAGUCUGCGAGAGGCAGAAAUGCAGGGUCGGGUUGAUGCUAUUCUGCUUGGUCGAGAGGCGCGGCACCCCUUUCAGUUCAUUGCCGCGCAAAAGGCGCUGGUAAAAAAGAAAAUAGAGGGGUUCCCAGUUACCAAAGACGCGUCCGCGAGUGCUUUCCAGAUUAUGAGCUACUUUUUGUUGGAUGAAGAUAUGGCGAAGAGCACGAAUCUCUUGCCUUCCAAAGAUAAGAAAAUCCAAGAUAUUUAUACGAAUAUCCUCUCCGAAGUCAAAGAGUACAUUGUAAGAGAACUUGGUAAUAAUAGUCUAUCACUAAUAGUGGUGCGGAAGAUGGAUCGGAAGAUGGUGAAAAGGAUUUUCAUGCCAAUGAUUUAUGGAAAAACACUCAUGAGCACAAGCUCCGAUAUACAUAAAAGCUUGUCGCAGCACAUCAAUUUGUUGGAUAGUCACAUACUAGCCUCACUUUGCUUUAAGUUCUGGAAGGAGAAAUACAAAGGCAUGGACAGCCUAACCAGCUUGAUCAGGAAUAUUGGGUGGUUCGCCGCCGCUAAGGGUGUACCUGUUUAUUAUGCUGUGCCCUACUUUCGUACAUCACAAGAUUAUAUGAAGAGUGAUGUCGUCAAAAUCACAGUUUAUGAUCGCAAUCAUAAAAGGAGACAAAUAAGUCUCAGAGUUCAUACCGAUAAUAGAGAUCGUAGGAAGACAGAGGUCUCAACCUUCGUCAACUUCAUCCAUCAGAAGGAUGCCUAUAUUGCGAUGCUUGUAGUAGAGAAAAUGCUGAUAGAGGGAGGACCAAUAUAUACAGUACACGACAACUUUCUAACUACACCUCACUAUAGCAGGAAACUCCCUUCUCUUUAUGCCGAUGCCAUUUUGGAAUUGGGGCCGCCGCUAGCGAUUAUAAAUGAUAUGAUAUACGCAAAUUUGAUUUGGAAUGCCGAAGGCUCCUCGCCUGAGGGCUGGAGCCAUGGUGGGGGUUCGGGGCGUGUAAUACCUAUCGGUGAGCUGGAGAAUUACUUGGAAAAUAAUAUGCCAGACGGUAUUAGCAAAAAAAUGGAGGCAACAUGGAGACAAAGGAUGAAGGCGCUACUUCUCUCAUACGAGAGCUAUGCUAGUAGUAUAUCCGGCGUAUCACAGGAUUAUGUAGGUCAUUUAGACAUGUGGUUGAAAUUCGGGGAUAAGGUCCGGUUUUUUCCGGAAGGAAUGAGAAAAAACGCGCUACACCCAUGA